AUGGUUUUCGAUCAGGAAAAGAAGCAGGGGGAGGAUCUCUGGGGUUUCGCUGGACCGAAGGAAAAAGAAGAAAAGAAGCAGGAAGCUGCUAUCGAUUCUUGGUGGGUGAAGAACUUGCUAGUCUUGAUUGGCUUUAUGGGUGCUCCUAAGCAAAAAUGGACAUCUGAAGAAGAAGCAGCUCUAAAAGCUGGAGUUCUUAAGCAUGGAGCAAGAAAAUGGUGCACAAUUCUUAAAGAUCCAAAGUUUAGCAGUGUGUUAUACCUGCGCUCGAAUGUGGAUAUUAAGGACAAAUGGAGGAACAUGAGUGUAAUGGAAAAUGGAUGGGGAUCUAGGGAGAAGGCUAGGUUAGCCCUGAAAAGAGUGCAACAUGUCCCUAAGGAUGACAACCUUCUCUCACUCACAACUGCUGACCCAGUGAUGAAGACUCGGGUGAUGUGAGGCCUCUUCAGUCCUCUAGUGGUUCUCCACAAGUUGGUGCUUCAAAAAGAUCUAUGAUAAGGCUGGACAAUCUUAUAAUGGAGGCAAUAAACAACUUGAAGGAGCAUGGUGGCUCUAAUAAGACUACCAUUGGCACAUACAUAGAGGUAUCUGUGUUAUAUUGUGUUUUUUUAGCUUUUAACUUUUAGUUUCUUUUUAAUCAGCAUGUUUAAUAAUAGAUAAUGGGAAUAUAUAGUUCAAUUGAUUAGUUUAUUACAAAAUUAUACUUUAAAUUAUUCGUAAAAGAUACAUAUAAAGACACAUCGAUUAAAACAACAAUGGAUGAAAGAGGAAGAUGAAUACAUCUUACAGUACUUUCAUGCAUAUGUUAAAUAGA